CGUCACUUCCGUCAACAUGGCGAUGCCCAUGAUCAAGAAUCUAAGACAAGAAAUUUAUUUGUCAUUUGGCAAAAGUUCUAUUGUUGUGAAGGUAGUAGCAGUAGCAGUGACAUUAGGAUAUUUUCUUUCAUUUGCAAAAUCAGUUGUACCAUAUUUAGCGGUGACACCUGGCUAUGUCUUACCACCUAACUUCUGGGUUUGGACUUUUGUCACCCACAGUUUUAUUGAAUUUCACUUUUGGGAAGUGUUGGCAGACAUUGCCGUUUUAAUUUUAUGUGGAAAGCUCCUUGAGCCGUUAUGGGGUGCUCUGGACAUGCUAAUAUUUUUAGCAGUGGUGAACACAGGCGUGGCUCUAGCGUCUUCCUUCCUUUACAUUGGGAUUUACUUAGUUACCAAAAAUGAAGAGUAUCUUUUCGACACCUACAUACAUGGGAUGGUGGGAUACGUUGCUGGAUUCUCCGUUGCUGUCAAGCAGGUCAUGCCAGACCACAAGUUGCUGAGUUCACCGUUCGGAACUCUGAGGAACACUCACAUUCCACUCCUGUUAAUGUUUAUUACUGUUACUUUAAGAUUAAUUAAUGUGGUAGAUGGACCAUAUCCAUUUAUGUUUGGUUUUGGUAUUUUGAUCAGCUGGAUUUAUCUGAGGUUUUACCAGAAGCACAGUAAUGGAAACCGUGGUGAUAUGGCUGACCAGUUUUCUUUUGCGAGCUUUUUCCCCAGUCGACUGCAGCCGAUAAUAGCUAUUGUAUCCAACACUGUGUUCCUAACUCUGGUAAAAAUAAAAGUCUGCAAGAAACCACAGAGGAAAUAUGAUAUAAGCUCCUCUUCUAAUGCCACAAUCACCAUUACCCUUCCAGGAACCGACCCGACUGAUGCAGAAAGGAGAAAAAAUGUGGCUCUGAAGCUUUUGAACGAGAGAUUAAACAAAGCAGAUCAGCCCUCCAAGUGGCCAUCAAUGGAGGAUGAUGAGCAGACCUCACCUGUCUUGACCGGCACACCUGAGAAUGUCCCUCCCAAAGAUUCCAAGUCACCCAGUGUCAAGCUCCCUAUCCCAGACUUCAAGGAAAACCAGCAGGAUAAGGGGAAGGAAGGAUCCCCCGAGUCAUGAUAAAAAGUGGAGAGAAAAGAGAGAGGAAGGGGAAGACAGACAGAGAGAAAGAAUCUGCUCUUUAUGUGUGUGAGAGAGAGAGGGGGAGAGAGAUGGAGAGAGAGAUAAAGAGAGAGAGAGAGAGAAAGUCUGCUCUGUACACAUGAAAGAGAGAGAGAGAGGUCAAAUUUCACCAUGUUUAUUAAAAAAAUAAAAAGAAUACAUUCUUAAUUUACCCUGAACUUCCUGUAUUUUUAAAUAUAUAUCUGUUUGUGUUAGUUUCUGGUCAUACAUGUAUAUAUAGAUGAUAAAUCUUGUUAUAUUGUUGUUAAAAACAUGGUGAUAGAUGUAUCUGUAAUAUACUGUAGUAGAUUAAUAUAUUUCUGAAGACUGCAGAGUCCUUCAUUUCUCCAUUGUAAAUAUUUUGCUUUUAUGAUAACAGCAUUUGGUGUCACUCACAAAUUCCUGUGUUUAAUUAACACAUUUUUAAAAUAUUAUUAUUGAUGAUAAAAAAUGUACAACUUAAUAUUCCAGUAACAAAUGGCUUAAUAUUGGAGCACAUAUAUUACAUGUACACCCUUUUAGUGCUAUGUUUAUUAUUUUGAUAAGUUGCCCAUAGUAUAAAUAUUUUUUUAAAGAGUGAUAGAAAAUUAGUAGAAAAAUGUGCACAUAUAGCUUUUGAUCUUUGGUUUAAAUAUAAUAAUCACAAAUAAAAUAUAACAUAAAGGAAAUCAUAAUUAUUCGGAGAAAGAGUUUACAAAAUAAUAAUUAUGUGUUUUUCACAUAUGUGGCACAUGUAUAUUUUACAUUUUAUGAAAAUGUUUUUUAGUGUUUAAAACCACUACUAAUGAGCCUAAAGGUACCUGUUUUUUUUUUUUGUUUUUUGUUUUUUUUUUUUUUUGCAAAAUUGACUUACGUCAUUGGAUUCUUAAACAAAUAAAGAAAUGUCAUGUCAUUUUGUAAAAAAAAAAUUAAAGAGUGAUUAAUUUUUCAGAUGACUAAUGCAUUUGAAGGAAUCAUCAAUAGGGGAUAUGUACAUUAAUGUUGUAUAUAUAUAAUAAUAUAAUUUAUUCAUGCUGUACUAGUGAAUUAGGAUUAUUGUAAAUACAACUGUUUUUCUCAUGUAACUGCUUAAGGAAUCACAAUUCGGGGGCUUCAGUGUUUGUGGGUAACCAACACUUUACUCAUUCCUGAGGACACAAGUACAUUUGUAUUCAUGAAGUUCCAUUCAGUGAUAUGAAGACAAAGUAAUUAUAUGUAGGGAUAUCAAUUUUUGGUUAACAAAGACCAAUGAAAUCCAUGAACAUUAGUCCCCCAUGACCUAUGAUGAUUCCACAGCAUUCUGAAUGAAUAACUUGUACACUUUUGAUUUUGUUUUUUUUAUUAUCACUAUUUGAUGUGAAGAAUUGUUCAAGGCUUAUGCAGAUAUAAAUAAAUGAUAUAUGAAUACAUGAAA